AUGGAGACUCGAGCCUUUGUUAGUGCGAAUGCCCCCUCGGCUCCGAGAUUCAGCCUCAAUGUCUUCCUGGGAAUUGUUUGGGGAGGCUUCACACUUGCAACCAUUUUCGUUGUCUGCAGGGCAAACCUGCGAUUUCGAACCUUCCGAUGCUUCUACAUCGACGAUGCUUUUGUCCUUGUCGCAUGGCUCAUGGUGCUCGCAAUGUCUAUAACCUGGCAGUGCUUGGCUGGCAACAUGUAUCUCAACAACGCCGUCUCGAGGGGAGAACAAAUGCCUUCGUCCGAUUUUGUAGAUCGGUCAGAGACUUUUCUCAAAGCGUCGGCCGCUUAUGUGUUUCUCUUCUAUUCAGCGCUGUGGUGCAUUAAAUUAUCUUUCCUCUUCUUCUUCCGGCGCCUGUACGUCAAUAUCGGAAGUUGGAUGCGGUUUUGGUGGGUCAUCUUGGCCAUCACGAUAGCUACAUGGGCUGUGUGUGUUGGGAACAUCGACUACAAAUGUCUAGUCUCACCACUCACAGAGAUCGCCUUGAAGUGCAGCAGCGACAGUGCUGUAAAGUAUCAGAAGGUCACUCUCAUUCUUAACUGUAUACUUGAUAUCUUUACGGAUACACUAAUCUUGUGUAUUCCUAUAACCAUGCUUUGGAAGGUUCGAAUUAGCCCUCGGCGAAAGAUAGCGCUUGGAGCGGUGUUCUCAGUAACUGUUUUCACCAUCGUCUUUGCCAUCGCUCGCGUAUCUCUCAUGAAUUCACACACUUGGCACGAGGAUAUGAUCUGGCUAUAUAACUGGAGUAAUAUAGAGACCUACGCGGGUAAGGAUGUCCUCUGUCACUUGGAGUCUUCACUGAUAAGUGAUACUGCAGCUCUGAUUGUCUGUUCUCUUGGAUCUUUCCGGUCGCUCUUUAAAUCACAGGACUCUGCGAAAACUCCACUUCCACCAGUGGGAGCACCUCACACCAUUGGUGGCUCACCGAAGAAGCGCAAGCUUGAUUCAUUCGCACACAUCUUCACUUCUUCAAUUGCUAAAACUCUAGAGACAUCAGAGAGUCAACACGAAUUUGUCGAGCUCAAGGAACCAGUUACAACACACGCUACUUCUAUCUCAGGCUCUUCUGCUCACGAUCUGGAAAGUAUGGAGUUUCCGACUUACCAUGGUAUCAACCUUGCCUGAGUCUUUCCGAAACCAUACGAAUAGGAAUCGUAGGAAUCGUAUACACCUUUUAAGAGCAAGUUCUGUUGUUUAUCUCAUGACCUUCUUUAAAGACUUUGUUUCAGAUCUCAUACCUAAGUAGUUUUAUACCAAAG